AUGGUGGAGCUUUCACUAGAUGAGAAAUCUAUCAUCAAGGACCACCCUUUAACCCACUCACUUAAUGAUUUAUGCAGCUUGCUGCAAGAGGCAGAGAAAAUCUAUGAGUCAUAUCUAAUUUCAUCCAAUGCCAUGUCAUUGUCACAAAAAGGACCUGAGCAGAUGUGUCAGCUGGUGGAAGGGAGGAUAUUUGAAGAGAUUUGUUGGUGCACCUUUCAAGAUGUGGAGGGCUUCUUCACCAAAUAUUUUGCAGGAAAGGAUUGGAGUGUGAGGGCAGAUGCCAUCUGUCAACGCGUCCUGGAACUCAGCAGUGCUGGUGAAUGGGCCAAGUUCCCUGAUCCCGCGGUGCAGAACGCUGUCUUUGACUGGUGGCUUUGGUUCCAGGACAAUUUCCUCCAGAAGCCUUCGUGA